UAGCGUCUAAGUCUGUCCGAAAAGCCACACGAAGAAGAAAGAUUUGUCCGUUUUUCUUUGCCUUUUUCCUCUGGUGUUAUUGCAGUUGACGACAGUGUGAAGUUCCCGGGGUGCUUUUAUUACGAGCGGACCGGGAAUCCAGACUGCCCUGAACGACACCGUCGGCGGCCUUUACGAGCGGACCGGGAAUCCAGACUGCCCUGUACGACACCGUCGGCGGCCUUUACGAGCGGACCGGGAAUCCAGACUGCCCUGUACGACACCGUCGGCGGCCUUUACGAGCGGACCGGGAAUCCAGGCUGCCCUGUACGACACCGUCGGCGGUCUUUACGAGCGGACCGGGAAUCCAGACUGCCCUGUACGACACCGUCGGCGGCCUUUACGAGCGGAACGGGAAUCCAGACUGCCCUGAACGACACCGUCGGCGGCCUUUACGAGCGGACCGGAGUCCUGAGGAAGGAGGACGUGUCCAGGGCCGAGUAGAGUUGCUAGUUAGGACACACAUUCCUCUGGAUAUUGAACUGUACUAGCUAUGUCUUCUGGGAUGACUGGACAGACACCGUGCCUAACCAAUAGCAGCAGAUGGGAUCAGCCUGCUCAGCCCAAAACGAGGGUAGACGUCAUGCAAGGCUUCGCUUCCUCUGCCCAGACCUGCGCAUCGGCCACUACGACCCCUCAAUCAGCCCAGCACCCUGUAGCUGGCCCCAUGCCAGCAGCACAAGGGGGAGGUGUGGAGAUGGCUGCUGCUAUGGCUGCUAAGAUCAACGCUAUGCUGAUGGCCAAGGGGAAACUGAUGGUUCCUCCACCACUACCUGGCAAGAUCCCUCUGUGUAUGUCGGCUGCCACUAGUGGAGACGAGACUGUGGUGACUGAGGUGGAUAUCAACGAUGUGCCCAUCAACAGCAGAAACCUGCUCACCAAAGGGAAAACACAGGAAGAGAUCCGUCAGUUCAGCGGUGCAGUCGUCUCAACCAGAGGCCACUACAUGACCAGUGCAGAGAAGUCCCAUGGAAAGGGAGUAGAAAGGCCUUUGUAUUUACACGUCCAGGGGAAGAGCCAAGAGGAGGUCAAUAAGGCAGUGCUGAGGAUAAAGGAGAUCAUCUCUGAGGAUGUGUUGAGGACAGCUGCAGCGCUAGGAUCCCAGCUGAGACCCGUCAUACCCCCCCUGCCUCUCUACCCCCAGCCCCCUCGCCCCAUGACUGCCCCACAUCCACACCUACCCAGGAUGCCUAGUGUCAACCCUCCUGUGCCACAUGGACACCGGCCCGCCGCGCCACACCAAGGGAGUUUUGUGCACGUCAAGAUUUUUGUGGGUCUGGACCAGUCCCUGCCCUCGUUCAAUGUGAACGAGAAGGUGGAGGGUCCUGCGGGGAUGUACCUGGGACACAUCCAGACAGAGACGGGAGCCAGAGUGUUCCUCAGGGGAAAGGCUCGGGGUACAUAGAGCAGGCCUCACGACGGGAGUCCUUCGAACCACUCUACGUCUACAUCAGCCAUCCCUACUCCACGGGGCUGGAAGCUGCCAAGAAACUCACAGAGAGCCUGUUGGAAACUGUGAGAGCUGAACAUAGCCACAUGGUGUCCAUCUACACAGCCACCGGCUCCACACAACGCUAUGGUUCAGUAUCCUGUCUGUCCCAGGAAGACACACCCAUACCUAUUGCAGGUACGUAGUGGCUAAGAAACCAGUACCUCGGCCUAUUACAGGUACGUAGUGGCUAGGAAACCAUACCUCGGCCUAUUACAGGUACGUAGUGGCUAGGAAACCAUACCUCGGCCUAUUACAGGUGUGUAGUGGCUAGGAAACCAUACCUCUGCCUAUUACAGGUAUGUAGUGGCCAGGAAACCAUACCUCGGCCUAUUACAGGUGUGUAGUGGCUAGGAAACCAUACCUCUGCCUAUUACAGGUGUGUAGUGGCUAUGAAACCAGUACCUCAGCCUAGUAGUUCGUAGUGGCUAGGGAACCAGUAC